CAUGACAGUGAAGUUCACAAGAGCACAGAGGAGAAACCAGGAUGUUAAAUUUCAGUUAAAUUGUUCAAUUUUUGCUACAAAAAUGGAGAAUGAUUCUUCCAAGAAAAUUGAAGUUUCUGCCCUAAACCCCAAUUUACAAUCAAGAGGUGCUUUGGUUGUAUUAGAAGGGUUAGAUCGAAGUGGAAAGAGCUCUCAGUGUAUUCAGCUUCUCUCUCACUUGCAAAGUAUUGGGUGUUCUGCUGAGUUAUGGCGGUUUCCGGAUCGAAAUACUGCUGUUGGGCAGAUGAUCUCUGCUUAUCUUUCCAAUCAAUCUAAUUUGGAUGAUCAUACUAUUCAUCUUUUGUUCAGUGCUAAUCGUUGGGAGAAAAGAUGGUUGAUGCCUGCUUGCCAAUGGAAGAAGUCCAGAAGAAGCUCAUAGAAUAUGUGCUUGAGUGUGUUGCGGCCUGCAAAAAUGGAAGGGCUCUGUCUCACUUCUGGUCACAAUAGGCAAGCUGCCAUAUGCCUCUUGCUCGCUUGGGCGAAAUUGUAUACUAUAGUCAGUAAUCAGUAGUUACCACGUUUUGAACUCUAGGUUGAGCUGUUGAGGUACUUC